GGCUGCAUUAGUACAAUGUGGAAGUGUGGAGACACAGCCAGUCACAGACAUCUUUUACAAUCAGGAUAACAGGAAAGCUUGGAAAAAUAAGAAACCUACAAAUAAACCUUCAAUUAAUAAUAACAAUAAGCAGAAUGGUAGCCAAUGCUUUUGCUGCGGGAAAUCAAACCAUUUAAAACAUGAAUGUACUUUAAGGAAGAAGUACUGCUCCGAAUGCGGACAACAAGGCCAUAUAUUCAGAAUGUGUCCAAGAAGGCAGAGACAAACUAAUGUAGUUGAAACCGAAACUGUUGAAGAUCAGAGAAAUGAUGUGGAGUUGGAACCAAAUCCUUAUAAUGAAUAUGAAACUUAUUCAUUCAGAAGUAUGCCCGACAAGAAAUAAAAAACCAGUUCGCAGAUGUAUUCACCCCAGGGUGGGGUAAUUUUAAAGGAGACCAAAUAGCACUCAAAUUAAAACCAGACGCAAAACCGAAGUGUCUACCUGUACGACGGGUCCCAUUCGCGCUGCGAGACAAGGUAAAUAAUGAGGUACAAAGAUUAUUAAAAAAUGGCAGAAUAUCAGUAGUUGAGCAGAGUGAAUGGGGAACCCCUGUGGUACCAAUCCUAAAACCAGAUGGUUCAGUGAGGCUUUGUGGUGAUUAUAAAUUAACAGUAAAUAAUUGUUUAGAAGUGGAUCACUUUCCCCUACCGCAUGUGGAGGAUAUUCUAAAUACAUUACAAAAGGGUGAAUACUACUGCGAACUAGAUUUAAAAGAGGCAUACUUACAAGCACCGCUUAGUCCUGAAAGUCAGGAUUGUACAACUAUUAUCACAGAAGUAGGGACAUAUAAAUAUAACUAUCUUCCGUAUGGUGUGAGUUCUGGGCCUGGAGCUUUCCAGCGGUUAAUGUUUAAAAAACUAAAAGACAUACCAAAUACUGUUGUAUUUAUAGAUAAUAUUUAUAUAAAAGGCGAUAAUUUACAAGACACUCGAGAAACAUUAUGCAAAGUGCUAAAAAAAUUAAGAGAAUGUGAAUUUAAAUUAAAGCCAGAAAAAUGUAAAUUAUUUGUAACAAGCUUAGAAGUUUUUGGAUACUGUGUUGAUAAAAAUGGUGUUAGUAUUAUUCCAUCAAAUAUUGAACCACUCUUAAAUACCAAAACUCCUACUAACUUAACUUUGCUGAAGUCCUUUUUAGGCAAGAUAAAUUAUUAUAACCGUUUCUUAAAAGAUAUGGCGAAAAUAAUAACACCAUUAUAUGAAUGUACUAAAAAAAAUAGAUUUAAUUGGACAACUGAGUGUGAAGAGGCUUUUCAGCUAAUAAAAAAGAGGUUGGCAUCGGCGGAAAAUUUGAGACAUUAUAACCCAGAUUUGCCGCUGAUCCUGACCUGUGAUGCCUCCGACACAGGGUUAGGUGCUGUAUUAUCUAAUAGAGAUGAGAAUGGUACUGUAAAACCAAUUGCAUAUGCCAGUAAAAAAUUAAGUGAGGCAGAACAAAGAUAUUCCACUAUAGAUAAAGAAGCUAUGGCAGUUAUUUUUGGUAUUACCAAAUUUUAUAAUUAUAUAUAUGGAAGGUCAUUUGAGCUAGAGACAGAUAACGCAGCCUUGGUUAGGAUUUUCGGUCCCACCAAAAGCAUACCAAAAAUGGCUGCCAAAAGACUGCAGCAUUAUGCCAUAUUUUUGUCAGCUUUCAAAUAUAAGGUGAGGCACAUUAAAUCUUCGGUUAAUCCCGCAGAUUAUCUAUCGAGAACUGUAAAUGAGUCGGUUUGUGAGGAUAAAAAUGUACAUUCAUUAUUAACUGAUAGUGACUCAUGUAGUUUCUUGCAUAUCAAUACCUCUGAAAUGGAAAUAUUAGAUUGGAAACUUAUUCAGGCUGAAACAAAAAAAGAUGUAACAUUAACAAAAAUUAUUAGAUGUUUAGCUGAUGGUUGGCCAGAAAAAAAAUAUGUAUCCGAAGAUCUUUUACCAUUCUAUUCCAGAAAACAAGAGUUAACGGUCGAUAGAGGAUGCUUGUUCUGGGGAUACCGUAUAAUAGUACCUACCUCAAUCCGAGAAACUUUACUAAAGGAGCUACACAAGAGCCAUUUUGGAAUUGUUAGAAUGAAGGAAAUAGCUCGGUCUUACUUUUGGUGGCCAAAAUUAGAUGCAAAUAUAGAAAAUAUAGUUAAGAACUGUAUUGUUUGUUUAGAGAAUAGUAAAAGCCCUGGUAAAAUUCAAAAACCAUGGCCCGUGCCACCUUCAGCAUGGUAUAGGAUACAUGCAGACUUUUUAGGGCCGUUCUAUAAUAAAAUGUAUCUGGUCAUUGUAGAUAGCUAUACAAAAUGGCCAGAAGUAUUUGAAAUGAAUAAUAUAACAUCUACAAGAACUAUUGAGAUAUUGAAAAGGUUAUUUACAAUAUUUGGUAUACCAGUACAUUUAGUAACAGAUAAUGGGCGAUCGUUUACUAGCAUAGAGUUUCAGGAAUUCUGUAAAUCAGCACAAAUUAAACAUACAUUCUCACCACCUUACCACCCAGCCACUAACGGGGCAGCUGAACGCUUUGUUCAAACAUUUAAAUCGACUAUAACAAAAAUUGUAGAAAGUGGUCACAGUAUGUCAUAUGCUAUAAAUUUAUUUCUGAUGGACUAUAGGAACACACCUCAAAGGACAACUGGUAUCACCCCAGCUCGGUUAAUGUUAGGUAGAGAACUUAGGAAUAGAUUCAAUUUGAUGCGUCCACCACCAUUAAGGGAGGAAGUAGAGAGAAAAGUACAGAAUAGGGAGCAAGGACAUAGAAAUGUAAAUUUUGAAAUAGGCCAAAAGGUCAUGGUUAAGGAUUAUAGGCAAGGAAGUAGGCCAUGGGUUCAAGGUGUAAUAGUGGACGAAUCUAUACCUGGUGUAACAUAUCUGGUGGAUGUAGGAGGUUGUCAGUGGAAAAGGCAUGUAAACCAAAUGUUAUGUUGUGCGAAUAAUUUAUUAGAAUAAAUUUAAGAAUGUACUAUUUAACCUACCUGUUACUUUUAAAUUUGUUAAGUACAAACUAGAUUAAGCAUAAAAAUACACUUAAGAUUGUAUAAUAUAACCUACCUGUUACAUUUAAAUUUGUUAAGUACAAACUAGAUUAAGCAUAAAAAUACACUUAAGAUUGUACAAUAUAACCUACCUGUUACAUUUAAAACUUGUUACAAAUGUAGAUGCCCUAAGCAUUAAAUGUAAUCCAUUUAUAACUACCUAAGUUAAUUUCUGGUGUUGUGGGAUAGAAUUGGUGCGGGAGAGUGUGGUAUAUUGAUAUUGCAACGCACUCCUCGUAUCGUGUACUGAUAUUGGAACGCACCCCUAUGUCUGUCUCUUUCUAUUUGAACUGUUAAUAGCCAUGUGUGUGCGCGGUAAUAAAACCUUGAUUUAAUUAA